AUGGAUCUCGAGAUCGCCAGGCCACUUACUCUCCCAUGCGGGCUCACCAUCCCUAACCGCCUCGCCAAGGCGGCUCUGGCAGAGGGAUGGGGCGACAAGAAUCGGCUUCCUCACAAAAGCCUGGUAGAGACGUAUGGCGCCUGGGCAGACGGCGAAUGGGGUUUGGUAAUGACGGGCAACGUGCAGGUAGACACAGCAUACCUCGGCACGCCCGAUGACAACGCCGUCAACAGCGACAUUCCGCGAGAGCAGCUCCUCCAGUCGUGGAAGCAAUGGGCCAGCACCUGCAGCAAAAACGGCACACCGACCAUUGUCCAGCUCAACCACCCCGGCAGACAAUCGACGCCCGGGGCCGGGUCCCACGGGUACUUUGGCAAGACGAUUGCCCCGAGCGUGGUGCCGGUAAGGCUGGGCGACGGCCUGAUUGCCCGGUUCCUGAGCGCUCUCGUCUUCGGCAGCCCGCGAGAAAUGGACACGGCCGACAUCCAGCACGUCGUGGGCCGCUUCGUCGACGGAGCCAAGCUCUCGCACGAGGCAGGGUUCGCCGGCAUCGAGAUCCACGCGGCGCACGGCUACCUGCUGGCACAGUUCCUCAGCGCAAAGACGAACACGAGGACUGACGCGUACGGCGGAUCGCCCAAGAAGCGGGCCAGAAUCGUCGUCGAGAUUAUCGAGGCCGUGAGGAAGGCUGUGCCCAAGGAAUUCUGCGUCGGCAUCAAGCUCAACAGCGUCGAUCACCAAAGCCAAACGGAGCUCGAGGAGUGCGUCGAGCAGUUGGAAGUUAUUGUUGCUGCUGGCAUUGACUUUCUAGAGAUUAGCGGCGGCACGUACGAGAACCCGGAAAUGAUGAUUGGCAAAGCCAACCCCCCCGUGUCGGAGCGGACCGCAGCCCGCGAAGCCUUCUUUAUUGAAUUCGCCCACGCGAUUCGUGACAGAUUCAAAGGCGUGCCUCUGAUGGUCACGGGCGGUUUCCGAUCGCGGCAGGGCAUGGAGGCCGCCAUCAAGGACGGCGGUUGUGACCUUGUUGGCAUCGGGCGGCCCGCGAUUCUCAACCCUUUCCUCCCCAAGAAUACCAUUUUUAACAAGGAGGUCAAGGACGAGGCGGCCAGGUUGUACGUAAAGAGUGUCGCGCCUUCCUGGCUGAGCAGCGUGCUGGGUAUGAGGUCGAUUGGUGGCGCGGCCGAAACUGUGAGUGCUCUUUUGCCCAUGACGCUUCUAAGGAGCCAGUAUUGA